UCAGACAGGUGGAGAAGUGUUAUUGUCUCGCAGAUCCGCCUGACACCCGGAAACUGACACCCGGCUCACCCUGUAUUGUGUCUCCUCACCCGGAUUAUGGAGGAGGGGCACUGACGAGGAUGAGAAGACCCCCAGAGACCCCCCGGCAGUAUGCACCCUGCUCUAUGGCUGACACUGGGGCUGUGCCUCACACAGUGUCAUGGCGGACCAUCGGUCUCUCUGCCAGAGUCUAUGCUCUUUGUAUCUACACUGGAUGGGAAAUUUCACGCUGUUAGUAAGAAAACCGGGGAUGUACUGUGGACCUUAACAGACGACCCUGUGAUUCAAGUCCCGCUCUAUGUGUCUGAACCAGCUUUCCUGCCUGACCCCAGCGAUGGUAGCUUGUAUGUCUUAGGGGGGAGGAAUAAGGAGGGGCUUAUGAAAUUACCAUUCACCAUCCAGGAACUGGUCCAGUCCUCCCCUUGCCGCAGCUCUGAUGGAAUCCUUUAUACAGGAAAGAAACAGGACUCCUGGUUUGUUGUGGAUCCAAAGUCAGGAGAAAAGCAGACCACGUUGUCUACGGAAUCAUCUGAUGGCUUGUGUCCCUCCACUCCGCUCCUGUACAUAGGACGGACACAAUACAUGAUCACAAUGUAUGAUACAAAAGCCCGGGAACUGCGCUGGAAUGCCACCUUCCAUGACUAUUCUGCUCCUUUAUGUGAUGAGAACUAUGAAUACAAGAUGGCACACUUUGCCUCCACUGGAGAUGGGAUGCUGGUGACUGCCGACCAGGGGAGCGGAGAAGUGUUAUGGAUGCAGAAUUACGGUUCCCCAGUAGUUGGACUUUUUAUGUGGCACCAAGACAGCUUAAGACGAAUCCCCCAUCUGAAUGUCGCACUGGAAACCCUUCGCUACUUGACGUUCAAUUCCCAGGACAUCCGUCUCCUCAAAUGGAACUACCAGGCCGUGCAAGAGCUGAGCAGCACCAAGACUCACCUGCUGCCUUCUCUGUAUGUGGGGAAGCACACCAGUGGGUUUUAUGCUUCCACAUCGCUGAUCCAUGAAGGAGUCUCUAUAGUGCCCCGGGGAAUCACACUGGUCCAGAUAGAGGGGCCCACCACUAAGGAUGUCACACUGAAGGAGUCCACGGAGUUUGACGUAACACCGACUACAGAGGUCAAGUACCCACUUGGGAGCAUUGUGUCUGCCAAUCAUUGGCUGCUUAUAGGACACCAUGAAGUUCCUCACGUUGUUCACACCACCAUGCUCCGAGCGUUUCCAGAGACCCUGCGGAGGGAUACAGAGACCAUCAUUCGCGGACCGGCACCAAAGACCCUAUUUGAUGAUUUUCUGACCCCGCAGAAUCAAGGAGGAUUCCCACAGGGUGACACAGAACAGAGAGUAAAGAUGGAUGCUGCCACAGAAGAAGCGGGGAUUAUCCUCCCGGACUCUACGAUAACCAACCUGCUCUUCACGGGUAUUAUCACUCUUCUCCUCGGAGGAUGGGUGCUGUUCGGAUUCACUUUUCCUAAGAUGUGGGAGCAGCAGCGCCGGCAGCAGCAAGAACUACAGCAGCAGCUCGAGGAGAAGCUUCUACAGCUCCAGCAUCAGCAGCAGAUGGCAUCCGAGGCCUCGCAGCACCCGACUACUACCGACAGCUAUGGGUCUACAGGGGAGCAAAGCUCAGGGAGCGGCAAGCGGAGGAGCGGAGAGCAGGAGUAUGGUCAGGCCAACGGAAUGAAGAGGUUAAGCAAUGCUGAGCCAGAUACUUCCAAUGAGGAAGAGAUAGAAGUGGGUAAAAUUUCCUUUUCACCCAAAGAAGUCUUGGGCCGUGGAGCCGGAGGAACAUUUGUAUUUAGGGGCAGGUUUGACGGGCGCUCGGUGGCUGUGAAGAGAAUCCUGCCCGAGAGUUUCACGCUGGCCGAUCGGGAGGUGCAGCUGCUGCGGGAGUCUGAUGAGCAUCCCAAUGUGAUCCGGUAUUACUGCACGGAGAGCGACCGGCUGUUCUAUUACAUCGCCCUGGAGCUGUGUGCGGCCACCCUACAGGAGUAUGUGGAGAAUCCCGCAUUUCCUCGUGCCAACCUGGACCAUGUGACCCUUCUUCAUCAAGCUAUGUCUGGCCUUGCCCAUCUGCACUCUCUCAAUAUAGUGCACAGAGACCUCAAGCCAUGUAACAUCCUCAUCUCCGUGCCCAAUGCCCAGGGCAGACAGAGGGCUGUUAUUUCAGACUUCGGCCUCUGUAAGAAGCUGGGGGUAGGGAGGAGCAGCUUCAGCCUACGCUCAGGAAUCCCGGGCACCGAGGGCUGGAUCGCACCGGAGGUCCUACGGGAUGGGAGAACGCAAAAUCCGACCGCGGCGGUGGACAUUUUCUCGGCUGGGUGUGUAUUUUACUAUGUCCUGGCAAGUGGGCAGCACCCUUUUGGGGACAGCCUGAGGAGACAAGGGAAUAUCCUAAACGGCUCGUCCAAUCUGCCGCAGCUCCAAGACGAGACACAUGACAAUGUGGUAGCACGGGACUUGGUUGAAGGCAUGCUCAGCAGCGACCCAAAGCUUCGGCCUUCAGCGCCCCGCGUUCUGAGGCAUCCGUUCUUCUGGGCGCGGGAAAAACAGCUGCAAUUUUUCCAGGAUGUCAGUGACCGCAUUGAGAAGGAGUCACAGGAGAGCCCCCUGAUCGUCAGCCUCGAGGCCAAUUCUCGCUCUGUAGUCCGGGUCAACUGGAGAUUACACAUAUCUGUUCCCCUACAGACAGACCUGCGAAAAUUCCGUUCAUAUCGUGGAAAUUCUGUACGAGAUUUAGUCCGAGCCAUGAGAAACAAGAAACAUCAUUACCAUGAGCUGCCGGCUGACGUCCAGGAGACACUCGGUUCCGUCCCCGACGACUUUGUGGCUUAUUUUACCUCGCGGUUCCCACUUCUGCUCCUUCACACGCACCAGGCUUUGGAACAGUGUGCGCACGAGAGACCUUUCCACCCCUAUUAUCAUUGGGAGCCAGGACGUUGAUGCUGCCGCCUGUACAGCUAGAAGUAACCGCGGCCAGGCCGAUCUUUGGAGGGGGGGGGGGGGGGGUCUACCCGGACAGCACUUGUUUUUUUAUUUUACUAGACCCCCUCCCUGGUAUUUUUAUACAGUAACUUUGCACUGCCUUUUAUAUAUUUGCACAUUUUUUUUUUUUAUCAUGGUCUUUGCUUUUAGAUAAUGUGCAACAAGAAGGCUUUUACUGAGUUGGUGAUAAGAUGUCGCCAAGUCUGAUGCAGCUACCGGUGCUCGUGUAUCUAUAAGAAUACGUUCAUAUGAGCGGAUUUACAGUGUUUUUUACGCUACGGAUCCGCUGG